UAAUAAUCACAAAUUAAUUUUACUUAUUUUGUAAUUUUUUAUUAUUAUUAAUUAUUUACCAAUAAUUCAAUUAUUGCACUGGAGUCUGAAAGAAAGCGCCUUGUUCGAAUCAGUUCUGUAUGUGUUCAGUGUGUUCUGACUGUUCUGUCAGACAGUCAGGGUGACUGAAAAAAGUAAAUAAAAGAUGUCCACAUAAGAUUUAUUAAUUGUUUUGCUCUUAUUAAUAGAAAUUUAUUAAUUAAAUUCCUUAAACAAUAAACCGAUAAAUCAUGGCUCGACACAGAGAUAUUAGAAAUAUGGACUAUGAGGAUGAAUACGAUGGCUACGACGACAUAUACGGACACUCUGUAGACGACGAUUACUACAUAUCGCCAAGCAACAGACAAUUCAUCUACAACAGAGAAAACUCAAGAGAUUCCAGAUUUGAACACGAAGAUGACAUCCAGGAAGUGGACGAAUUCGACGAGUUGUCAGACACGGACAAGGCAAAACUCAAUUCCUGCAUUGAUCAAGUGAAAGAUACUCUGGGACACGUUGGGGUACCAAAAAGUCAACUGGUCAAUUUGAUAUUAACAAAUAAGUUCAACGUUGAGCUGGUUAUAAAUGCUAUUUUGGAGAAUUCCAAAUCAAAUCCUGCAGCUAAAGAUAAAGUCCAAUUGGUUCCACCAACAUUGGCUACAGCAAAAGUGGUAGCCUCCACUGCCACCGCUACCAACGUGGUUAAAGGCUUUGACUUACCUCAAGAAGUCAAUCAGCAGAGGAAUGCGGAAACCCCUCAAAAAGGAUUAGAUUUUUCGUUUAAGUUCAAUAGUGGUAGUCCAAGGUCUCAAAGUCCUGCUUCUGGCAGAGGCACGCCUGUUUCCGGUACCAGUGCUGAAGGGGAAGAACCAAGAGUUGGUAGAAGGGAAGCCAAAAUCGAUCCAGAAAUUCAAUAUAGAAAAGAACGCGGCAAUGGAAAGGAGCAUUUGUAUAUGGUGGUAAUUGGUCACGUGGAUGCUGGAAAAAGUACUCUCAUGGGACGCUUACUUUGUGAAUUAGGACAAGUAAACAAAAAAACUAUGCACAAAUACGAACAGGACAGUAAAAAAGUAGGAAAACAAAGCUUCAUGUAUGCAUGGGUUUUGGAUGAAACUGGCGAAGAGCGCAACAGAGGCAUCACCAUGGAUGUUGGAAGGUUUUUAUUUGAAACCAAAUCUAAACAAGUAACCCUCCUGGAUGCUCCAGGCCACAAAGACUUCAUUCCCAAUAUGAUUUCUGGAGCUGCACAAGCUGACGUGGGUCUCUUGGUGGUUGACGCAACCAGAGGAGAAUUCGAAACUGGAUUUGAUUUGGGCGGGCAAACCAGAGAGCACGCCUUUUUGGUCCGUUCAUUAGGUGUAAACCAAUUGGCUGUGGCAAUAAAUAAGCUGGACACGGUUUCCUGGUCGCAAGACAGAUUUGAGGAAAUUCUUCAAAAGUUGAAAAGUUUUUUGAAGCAGGCAGGAUUCAAAGAGAGCGAUGUCACUUUUGUACCUUGCAGCGGUUUAACUGGGCAAAAUUUAAUUAAGGCACCCACUGAAAAUGAACUUUUGCGAUGGUACAAUGGGCCUUGUUUAAUUGAUGUGAUUGAUAAAUUUAGGUCCCCAUCUAGGCCUGUUACUAAACCUUUUAGGUUUUCUAUUAAUGAUGUUUUUAAGGGUACCGGUUCAGGAUUUUGUGUGGAUGGAAGGAUAGAAACUGGAGUAGUAAACAUAGGAGACAAAGUCCUAGUUUGUCCAAAUAGGGAGCAGGCAAAUGUAAAAUCUUUAUCAGUUGAUGAAAGCCCUAAAACAGUGGCUUUUGCAGGUGAUCAAGCUACCAUAACAUUAGCAGGCAUUGACAUGCAAAACGUUUCUAUAGGCAAUAUUUUAUGCCACCUACAAACCCCUGUUCCUGUUUCAAAUAAAUUUGAAGCCAGGAUUGUGGUUUUUAAUAUAUCUUUACCAAUCACUAAAGGAUACUCAAUCAUAUUGCAUCAUCAGUCUCUUGUUGAACCUGCAGUUGUGAGCAAAUUAACUUCGCAACUGAACAAAAGUACUGGAGAACUUCAAAAAAAGCAUCCUAGAUUCUUAACUAAAAACUCUAGUGCUAUAGUUGAAAUUACAGUCUCCAAACUGAUUGCCCUCGAAGUUUAUAGUGACUGUAAAGAAUUGGGGAGGGUCAUGUUGAGAGUAGGAGGCGUCACUAUCGCAGCUGGACUGAUCACUAGGAUAAUUUUGUGAAAAUAAUAAUGAAUAAAUAUUGCUCAUGGAGUUUUUCUGCAUUUUUAUUGAAUUGUUGGCUUAAAAAACAUCACAUUUUGGCUAAUAUAAAUCUACCUACUUUAAAAACAAAUAGACUAUUUAUGAUUUGUACGAGUAUAUUUUUAUUUGUGACUAUUGGUUUUUUUUAAAUAGCUUUAACUAUUUGGUUAGCAGUAUCUUUGUGCUCUUCACUUUUAUCCCUGGUAGCUCUAUAAACGUCACGCUCCAUAUCUGGAUAUUUUGUAGGUAAAAUGGGUGAGUGAAUGUUGGCUUUGGCGUGGUACCUUAUACCGCCAACGUCCACCUCGAAAUGACCGUUAUUUAUAAAAUCGUUGGUGACUUUUUGUCUUUCGCCUUUUUCGUCAAUGUCUUCUACAAAU